CUGCACGGUCACACCGACGAAUGUGAGUGUGUGAGAAGGGCUCGGUACUGUCGGCGUGGUUCCGGCUGGAUUCGUUUUGCAGGCUGUUUGGGAGCAGUUAAACCGGGCGCAGAGCCUACUCUGAAGAAUGUGCAGUUUUCAGGAGGGCGGAGACAAGCCUGCUUUCCAUCCACAGCGAGGGACGCCGCUGUCCGUACGCAGCCGUACUGCGCGCUGCUGCUGCUGCUGCUGCUGUGGAGGCUGCAUAAUUAAGUUUACAACAGGAGACAGCGCGGAUCUCUCUCGCUUCUUCUGGGCCACAAUGGGUGAAUGUUUUUCGGUCUCACAGCACGGCAGGCAUUUCCCCCCGAUCUGCCGAACUAACCGGAGUCGUCCGUGGUAAAGUGAGUGGCACAAGGACUCGAACAAGUGACCCACCUAACAUAGUUCUAAGUGCGGCUGUUUUGGAGAGGCGCAACACUGGAACCGGGAGGAACCGCCUGGAGGUGGAGGGGGUGGCUGCACUGAUCCUAUACCAGUCCUGCACGCGAUGUUAAAGAACAACUACCGUUGCGGUUUCACCUCGGGGUGGCUACGAAAAGUGGACUGUCCGGUUUGUUUUCCCCAUCUGCUCCCAGCUUGCGUGGAACAAAGUGUGCUCUCUGUCACAUAAGCCGCGCAGUGAGGUAGAUCCAGGAGGACUGGCAGCGUCGGUUUCCAUUUGUCUCUCUCUCUCUUAAAAAAAAAAAGAGUUCAGCUUCUCCAGAAAUCAUGAGGACCACCGAGGAGACGGAGGGCUUUGACGGCGAGGCCUCCAACACUUCCAUGAUCUCCGGGGCCAGCAGUCCCUACCAGCCCACCACCGAGCCCGUCCAUUCGCGGAACGUUUUUGGGGGGAUAGUGUGCGACAUGGAGUACCUCAAGUCAUACUUGGGGAUUUUAAAGGUGGUUGAAGUGGUCCUUUCACUCAUCGGCUUCAUCUGCAUAGAAACUAUCAUGAUGUGUUCCCCCUGUGGAGGGGUCUACUUCUUUGAGUUUGUCAGCUGCAGUGCUCUUGUGGUGACAGGAGUCCUCCUCCUGAUCUUCUGCCUCAACAUCCACACCAAGGUGCCCCACGUAAACUGGAGCCUCACGGACCUCGUUAACACAGGUGCCAGCACCCUGUUUUUCUUCUUGUCAUCUCUCGUGCUCGCUUGCAUCAAUCACAACACUGGAGCUGAAAUAGCAGCAGUGAUUUUUGGCUUCCUGGUGACUGUCGUGUACGGAAUAAACACCCUUCUGGCAGUGCGGAAGUGGCGCCGUGGCGCUGGGUGUCAGGGGGUGGCUCAGGCCAGCGAUUACAUUCGGGCACGCACGGCAUCGCGUGGCGAGGUGGAGCCACGACCUGAGCUUGCAUGAGUGCUGGCAGACAAUCAGGAAGACUAAGAGAAAGCCAUGCUACCAGCAGCUGACUCUAAUGGAAACAGCUCUGCCUUCAGAACAGUAUUUCCACUCCAGUGAGACAGCCACCUUCGGCUCACCGCACGCUUUUGACUUCUCAUCACAACACUUCAGCUGUGAAUGAGGCUCCGUGGCUUUGUUCAGCAGCCGUCCUGGCUGCUCCUGCUGACACAUAAACACUUAAGUAGAAAACCCUGGUCACAUUUGACGGUGUGCUUUGUAAAACCCUUCAUCUACAUGUUUUUCUAAAGCAUUUUGAAGGACAACUUCCCCUGAAAGGCUACAAAAAGAAAGCCUGACUUCUCCCCAGCUGUGCACCUACUCUGGCUCCAGUAUAUGUGUUGACUUUUGAGCACGCUUUGUCUUUCACUGUGAAUGAAGUCCAGUAAAACAAGGUCAGCUUUUGUACAGUCUGCUUAUGUCAUGCCGCUGAAGUCUGUGGUAAUAAAUGUGAUCAUGAAAUGAGGAAACCAGCGGACCAGCAACAAACCCUAACCUGCAGUCCAACCAUGACUUCAUUGUUCUUUCUCACAGUUUUUACCCUCUACCUUUGAGCAAGCCUGACAUUUAAUUUUUUAAUUAUACAUGCGCUCAUGAAAGUCUCCUUGUCCUUGUCUUGGCUAAUCUUACACAUCUUACUUUUACACAUGACUUUUAGCCACUAUUGCCAUACUGCAUUUGCUGUCAGCAUUUAUGGAGUAAGUGCAGAUUACAUGCACUACAUUAGUCCACAACACUUAAAAUGGGGAAAAAAUAACCAGUCCAGUCCAGUUGGUUUGACACAAUAACAGGGACAUAAUUUUUAGCAGAGCUUAAAAAGUUUUACUUAUAGAUGUGUGUUAGGCCUACACUGUGAGCCUGGAGGAGGUUAUAUCAAGCAAUGAUAAGGUAAUCCGUAUCUUAAUUUUGCACACGUCCAACACUUCAGGUAACACAAAUCUUAAAAGUACAUCAGUGAGAUUAAUUUUAAAGCAAACAUCAGUAGAUGGCGUGGUUGAGACCAAUGUCAUUAGCCUAUACACUGCUUCUCAGGUACUGACCCUCCUAUAUUACAAAAAAAAAUCACAGGGUGCCUCGACCUAAACACUGUGUUUCCUAAUGCCUUUCUAAAUAUUAGACUUGAUGAGUCUGUGGGGUGGAAACAUGGUACAUUUAGCAAAUCUGUGGUUGAUUGAAAUGUUUGUAUAUGUAUCUACAAUGAUAUUAUCCCACAUUUCAUGUAUUAUGAUAUCCCUAUCCUUCAUUACCCUUAUAGCAGCCUCUGCAAAGCCCAUCCAUCCAAUACUGAUUUCUCUUUAAUAUUUUUCAGUUGGUCAGUGCACCUGAAGUAAACAGGAAGUUAAACCUUUGUCUACUUAUUUAGCAUCUGAUCUUCUUUUAAUGUACACUACAGUUAAGACCUGAACCUUAUUCGGGCAAGUUGACUAUGGCCCCCUCUUCUGGUCUUUAUAUGAAAUGUAUCUUUUUGUUGCGUCAGUGGAUCGGGUGUAUAGUCAGAUGAUUUUACAUUAGUGUGUUUAUAAGUGAAGGACCAGAAAUGUAUUUGACUGUGGAUUUUUUUUUUUAAAUUAAGACUAAUAAAUGCCCUGAAGAUGCUUGAUUAACCAGGCAUUUCUUAGAUUUUAAAUAACUUAUGUUUUAAUGCUGUUUCUCUUGGUUUGGUGAUUGACAUAGACGUAUGAGAAGACAAUCUUGUUCGUAUUUAUGUGUGUGUAACUUACUUUGAUGGAUUUGUUUUUGAGUAAUACUAUUACCAUGUUCACUUAAGAAUUUGUACAGCAACAAAAUCACGCUAUUGCAUUAUGCUAUUUGGUCAUAUAAACCGACCAUAUUUGUCAAACGCUUAUCAAGCUGCAGCUCUCUCUGUGUACGACUGUGCUGCAAUAUGUUACGAAAUUUGUAUUUAUGAGAAAGAAAAGGCUUUCUGCUGGUUUGCAGGUCGUGACAUAAACGGCAAACAAUGAUCCGAUCCCGAAGAAGUGUGGAGACUUCACACUGGUUUAUAAUGACAUUAUUGAAAUGAAGACAGGUUUUUAUUCAAACUUUUUUUUGCAAAAAGAAAAUCCAAAACCAAACAAAAACUAAACAAGCAGGCAACAUACAUCUACACUGGUUUUACAAAGGUGCCCGUUUAUAAAAUGGUACUGUGUGGGGAUGUUGUUCGAAUGUUUCAAAUAAACUGAAGGUUCUCCUACUUCUUGGAAAGAAUAAAUCAUUUAAAACCAUUUGGGAAUGUUUAAAAUGUGCACUUUCACAAUGUCUGUACCCGUGUUACCUUUUUAAGCCUGUUUAAGGUUAAGGUUGAGGACAAGGGUGUCAAACAUAAGGUCUGGUGGCCGGAAUUUACCCAGCAAAGACCCCAAUCAGGCCCGCUGGAUGACUUUGGAAAAUGUGAAGAACACAGUUUACAGUUUUUCCUGCCCAUGGCCAGUCACAUUACACCAAAGUAAUUAAAUUACAGAUUUCUGUAAUUUUACACAUUAUUUCUUACAAUCUAAGCUUGAAGAGUCGUGCUGAACGACUUAUUUUAUUUAAUACAACAGCAUUUCUUUACCAUGUAGAAAAACUGAGACAUAAUUUUUAAAUUGCUUAUGUUUGCGUUGAUAUUUCAAUGAGUGAAUCCACAGUUACACUUUUUACACAGAGAAACUGGAAUUUCACCGAUCCAACCCACAUAAGAUCAAAGUGAACUCUAUGUGGCCCACAAUAUAAAAUGAGUUUGACAUUCUUGCUUUUCACAGGGCAUAAACGAUCUAUAACAUCAUUGCAGGCGGGUUCAUGGAAACCUUAGCUCUUAUUUUGCAUAGACCUGCAAGGUCUUUUUCUCAUUUUGUUCAUUUAUUUCCACUCAACUUUAAAACAUGAAGCUACAGCUGUAACAGAUCCAUAAAAUUUACCGCACUGAAAAAUGCGGGAAAUGCCAUGGUGGCCAAUUCCCAGUCAUUUGUUUUUAAUUCAGUGCUGUUGUAGCACUCGUGUAGUCCGCCGUAGAUUUCAUUAACAGUCACUGUGGCGUUCUAGUGCAUCUAAUUUGUCAGUAGUGGCAGUGGAUGGAGAGAAAUCAUACAUCACACAUGCAAAUAAAAAAAACACAUAUAAUGAUUUAUAUAGCAGAUAUUUAGAAUUUCUCAAAGUAAUACUGCAUUAAAUGGUUUUAAUAAACUGCACACACAUAUGCACAUAUGAAGAAAUAGCACACAAACAACAAAAGAGCAGGAAGUCGACAAAGUGUGUUACCUUAGUAAGUGUGUCAAAGUAGCAUGAUUUCUAAUGUCUUCAAGCACAUCACAGAAACUCAUAUGAGGAAAUAAACAUAAGAUAAACAAAGGUUAUCCUCAGAUUGUAAAAUAGGCUUUUAUAAAUCUACCACAGUUGGACAGAGGUUGUAACCAGCCAACCAUUCUCUUCUUGUAAUAUAGGCUACAAAAUUUUUUAUAACUUUGUUUCCUAAAAUGUCAAAACACUGUGAAAAAUGUGAAUCAAAUUAGAAUGAAACUGAUUGUAGCUCAUUCAAACUCUGAAAAGGAGCAGACACAAACCUUUUGGGGUUACAACAAGAAAAAAACAAAAAGACCUACCAAAUCAAGCAUGCGUUGCUACGUGCUCUGGCAACCACUCUUAAAUAAGGCAUGAGCCAAAAUUAGCUUUAUUUAAUUUAGAUUUUUAAUUUAAAAACAACUUUUGUUUUUUUUACAUGAGCUCAUUUUGAGUUUGAUGCCAGUAAAAUGUUACAAAGCUGUCAUUACAGGGGCAACAAUAGACGGCAAAAUGUUGUAAAUUUGUGCAAUCCAGAAAGAAAUUUGGUGCUCAACACAUUAGGUUAAUUAGUAACAUGAUAUAUGAAAAGAGCAUCCCAGAGAAACUGAGUCUUUCAGAAGUAAAGUUAGGAAGGGGUUCACCUGAUCCAGAGAAAUCUGGACAAGGCUGGAAACCAGUACCGAAUGUUUGUGAUCCUUAGUUCUAUAAUGGAAAUCGAUGCAUGGGCUUUGGGUAGACACUAAUAAUCAAAAAUUUAGCACACAAAGCAAGAAAAAAACAUUCAAACAAGCGGCAAAAAAUGUUUCUGCAUUCUAUAAGCAUAGUUCAUUUAAUAUAGACUCAAGUCAAUCGGAAAAAUAAAGUCAAAAGGGAGCCUGGGGCAGGCCUAUGGGCUCCCCUAGUGUUAUAGUUGCACAUCUGUGAAGGCAUCAUUUAUGCUGAACGAUAAAUCAGGUUUUGGAGUAACACAUUCUUACAUCCAGCUGUGUCAGGUAUUGCCGUGCAUUACUAAGCGAGACUAGGCCAAAACACAUUCUGUACAUACAUAUUAAAUUAGGGGCAACCUAAUGGCUCAGGGGGUUGGGAAGCACAUCUGUAACCGGAAGGUCGCCGGUUCAUUCCCCGGGCCUCUGUCAGUCUACAACUGUAGCUGCCUCCACCAGUGUGAGAGUGAAUGAAUAGUGGAAUUG